CAACACCAACAUAUAAUUUCACAACCCAAAAAAAUGGAGUUACUAACGACCGUCGCGAGCUUCUUCACUCCGACGACUCUCUUCCUCCUCCUCAAUCUUAUGAUUGGCACAAUCGUCGUAACCUCUCGACUCGGGUCGGGUUCAAGAAAGCAUUACCAGCAUCACGAUGGGUUCGGGUCAGGUCAUGCACCGGCUCCUCCGUUAGCUAGAGCUCCGUCGAUUAUCGACCGAGUCAAGUCCAUCAACUUUCAUCUCUACAAAUUUCCUCAUCCUGAAACUGAGCUUUUUUCGAUGACGGCUCACCAUGACGUAAUCGGUUCGGAUCUUCAUGUAUACCCGGAUCCGAAUCCAGCUCCGUUACAACGUGCUCCUUCUCUUUUGGAUCGGGUCAAAUCCAUCAACAUGUCUUAUUUCAAGUUCCCACACGACGUAACCGGGUCGGAUCCUCACUCCCACACUCACUUAGAUCCACACCCGGAUCCGGCUCCGGUACCGUUACAACGUGCUCCUUCUCUUCUGGAACGGGUCAAAUCCAUCGACAUGUCAUACUUCAAAUUCCAGCAGUAUAACCCGGAGGAAAAAGAUUAUGCUCAUCACAAAGAACCGACCCGGAUGGGUCGGGUUGACCCGAUUGAUAUCUCAAAAUUCAGAAUCCCGGAGGAAGAUCAACCAACUGGAACCGGAAUCAAUCAUCCAAUUGAUCCACCCGGUUUAACUCGGGCUCCGUCUAUCUUAGAACGGGUCAAAUCCAUUAAGCUAUCCUCCUUCUACAGAUCCGACCCGGAAUUGGAUCAAAAUCCGGAUCCGGUUCUUCACGAAGAGCACAAACACGUAAGGAGCAAAUCGGAAUCGAAAAAACCGGUGAAGAAGAAGAAGAAAGCUUCAACGAAGAUGACGAAAUCAGCGAGUGAGAAAUCAGGUUUUGGUUUCACCGGAAGCCAUGAGGAAGCAGCAGAGACGGUGGAAUCCGUCGAACGGAGAAGACCAGAUACAACAAGAGUCGAAAGAUCGACGUCGUUCGGCGACGGCGAAGAUGGCGUCGACGCAAAAGCUUCAGAUUUCAUCAACAAAUUCAAACAGCAGUUGAAAUUACAGAGACUCGAUUCGAUUCUGAGGUACAAGGAGAUGCUCAAAGCCAAUUGAAUGAUCAAAAUUACUUAAAUUCCCCAGCGGUGAAAAUUAUAUUCCUCGCCGCCGUCUCCGUCGCGGUUUUGUUUGCCGACGUUUUUCACAGAGGAGAGAGUACAGGAGUAGAGAAUGUCUGAAUAACCGAUAGUGCCCCUG